CAGUCAGUCGGUCCUAGUGUGCUCACAGUAGACAGGCGUGUGUUUACGGAAAUGGCAGGCAGUGUCGCGACAAGCACAUCUCGCAUCAGUGAUAUUUUUGAGACGAUGGAGUACGGAACGGCGCCUGAAGACCCCAGCUUUGCUCAGGCUUGGUUGGAGAAACAUGGACGAAGUUUUGGUCACUUUAUUGAUGGGAUUUGGGUAAAACCUGAAGGGAGAAAGACAUAUACUACAACUAACCCAGCCAAUGGAGAAGCUUUGGCUUGCACACUUCAAGGAGAGUUAGAUGAUGUCAAUCAAGCUGUGACCGCAGCUCGCAAGGCCUUUAAGUGCUGGAGCACACUGUCAUGCCAUGUUCGGGCACGGCACCUAUACAACCUUGCUCGAACAAUACAGAAACACCAACGACUUUUCAGUGUAAUUGAGACAUUGGAUAAUGGGAAGCCAAUUCGUGAAAGUCGAGAUUUUGAUAUACCUACAGUGGUGCGUCAUGUGUAUCAUCAUGCUGGAUGGGCAGAGCUUCGGGACAGUGAAUUGAAUGGCUGGUCUCCUUUGGGUGUUGUUGGUGCUAUUGUUCCUUGGAACUUUCCCUUGAUGCUUUUAAUCUGGAAAGUAUGUCCAGCACUGGCUAUGGGUAACACUGUUGUCUUGAAGCCUGCCACUCUUACCCGUUUGUCUUCCCUUCUGUUUGCUGAGAUCUGUGCUGAGGCAGGGCUACCACCUGGGGUGCUUAAUGUUGUCACAGGUAGUGGAGAAUUAGGAUCGCAGCUGGCCCAGCACCCAGAUGUAGACAAAGUUGCUUUUACAGGAUCCACUGAGGUUGGUCGAGUACUCCGCAGAGUAACUGCUGGAUCUGGCAAAGCACUGUCUCUGGAACUUGGUGGCAAGUCGCCUUUUAUUGUCUUUGACUCUGCAGAUCUGGAUAGUGCUGUGGAAGGACUGGUGGAUGCAAUAUGGUUCAACCAAGGUCAAGUGUGCAGUGCAGGUUCAGUUCUUCUGGCUCAGGAGUCAGUCUGGGAGAUUCUGAUUAUGCGCCUUAAAACAAGAAUGGUCAAGCUUCAUCUUGGCUCUGGCAUUGAAAAAAGUGUUGAUAUGGGACCUUUAGUGGAUGAGACACAGAGGAAGACUGUAGAAAGUAUGGUGAAGGAAGCACAAGCUGAAGGAGCACAAGUGUAUCAGAUCUGGGAAGGCUUGCCUAGUAGCGGUCCUUAUUAUCCACCAACCUUGAUUACAGGCUUGAGCACUACAUCUCGCUGUGUAAUGGAGGAGAUUUUUGGCCCUGUUUUGGUAGCAUUGCCAUUUAGAACAGCAAAAGAAGCUAUUGCUCUUGGCAAUAACACACGCUAUGGAUUGUCUGCUAGCGUCUGGACAGAAAAUGUUUCUCUGGCCUUUGAAGUGGCUUCCAGUCUGCAGGCUGGCACUGUCUGGAUUAAUGCACACAACUUGUUUGAUGCUGCUUCAGGAUUUGGCGGAGUUAAAGAAAGUGGCUAUGGGAGAGAUGGAGGGAAAGAGGGCCUCUUUGAAUUUGUUCGACCAACUUGGGCUGUGAGAGCAAAGCCCAUGCUACAGGCAGAGGGAAAUUUAGAGAAGUUUGGUUCAUCUUUUGACAAACCCCCAAUACCCACAGGAAAAAAUCAAGAAGUGUCAGGAACUCCAAGUGUUGAUCGUUCUUACAAGCUGUACAUUGGUGGUGUGCAAUGCCGCCCUGAUUCAGGAUACUCCCGUCCCGUUGUGUCUGCAUCAGAUGGUUCCGUCUUGGCCUAUAUUCCUGAUGGUGGCAGGAAGGACAUUCGAAAUGCAGUAGAGUCUGCCAACAAAGCCCUGUCUGGCUGGCAGAAGAAGGGCCCACAUGUUCGUGCACAGAUACUCUACUACCUGGCAGAGAACCUUGAGCAAAGAGUAGAUGAGUUUAGCCGUGCACUCAGUAUCCAGUCUUCUAUGCCUAAAGAAGAAGCACAGAAAGAAGUUGACCUCAGUGUAGCAAGACUCUUUCACUGGGCAGCACUGUGUGAUAAAUUUGGAGGCACAAUUCAGGAGACACCUAUCCAUGGCUUCACUCUUUGUUGCAGGGAGCCAGUUGGGGUCAUAGGAAUCAUCUGUCCAGAUGAGAAGCCUUUGCUGUCUUUCAUCAGCCUCAUGGGAGCGGCAAUUGCCCGUGGCAAUACAACUGUAAUGGUGCCAAGUGGCAAAAAUCCUCUGCCAGCUCUUGCUUUGUACCAGGUCUUGGAAACAUCUGACCUCCCGGGAGGUGUGGUUAACAUUGUGUGUGGAGAAGUAGACCAGUUAACCAGGCACCUUACUCUGCAUAGUAACGUCCAGUCUGUUUGGUACUUUGGAACAGAGGAGGGCUCCCGGUUUGUGGAGUGGGGCUCAGCAGAAAAUCUAAAGCGUACAUGGGUAAACAAUGGUGUCACCCGUGACUGGAACUCAGCCACUCAGGGUAGUGGUGAAGAAUUUCUGCUACACGCGACGCAGUGCAAAAAUGUCUGGCUGCCAGGUGGCGAGAUCUUUGCCAACUAGUUCUUACCAGUGUUCUUCAAUUACUUGUAAGAACUGCCCCAGUAGUCUACAGAAUCUAAUUACACUCUAUUGCAACCCCACUGAAAAAGCUGCCAUAGGACUAAGAAUAAUAACCAAUACCUUUAGAAUUGUUCCUAGAAAGUGAGCCAUUCCUUGUAGAGCUUGAUUUAUUUCUGAAUUCUUUUUGUUUAAAAAAGAAUUUGUUCUCAAUUGCUAAAAAAUAAUAAUUUGUUUUACAUGUGCAUUUUAUAAGGUUAUUCUGAGAUGAAACAAAUGUUUUAGACUGCUUACUUAAAAGCAUUUUUCUUCACAGUGAACACUUAUUCUCCAUAAGUUUAGCAUGUGGUGACCUACAUUCAGCUCUGUUUCUGUGUUUUGAUGUGGUGUGUGUGUUUUUUCUGUACUGGUUUUGCACAGCUUUGUUUUACUUUCAGUGUCUUGUGGUUCAGUUUUCUUCAGAAGCAGCAUGCUAGAGUGUUACCUGGAAGACAAACCAUAGAUAGCUUAUUCAGGCGUACAUCAAUUGGUGUAAAUUGCUGCCUAGCCUGCUGUCUCUCGACAGAAGAGGUAGCAUGAGUAAUAAAUGCUUGAAAAGAGGAGAAGUGAUGAGAAGAAUGCUCAAUUAUAACAUGGGCUAACCCCAGUCAUUAGAUUUUAUUUGCUUAUUUCUGCAACUGUUCAAACUGUUAGCAGCCAAAUGUGUAUUUGGUUGUAUCCUAAUGGUGCUUUUAGCAGUACUAAAGGUAAGCCAUAAUGGGUUAAAAAAACUACCUCUUUGAAGUCUAUGACAUCAAACCAAAGUGCGAUUUUAAUUGAGCAGUGACAUAGGGGAUUGAUUGUGUCACACACUGUAUUUCCGAUAUUCUAAUUUAUAUGGUUUUGUAGGCUAAAAUUCAAAGGCAUGUAAUACUCAUAAAGAAAAUAACCAAGUGUCCAUGGUAUAUUAUCUCUUUGCCAUCAUUUAUCUUGGAGAAAGCAUUUAAACUGUGUACAGUUUUCUAAAUUAUGUAGUGUAAGAAUCUAUAGUGGUCUAACGUUUCAUCAAGUUAAAAACAAAGUCAUUUUUUUUAUAUUGAAAACUCUCUAUAUGUGUGCAUAUUAACGUGUUAUGUAUAGUAAUACAUGUAUAGUAUAGUUUAGACCCUUAGAUCUGGUGACAUCUUUAAACAGUGCACAGAUUAACAGAAUAGGUUUAAAAUUAAUUUCAAGAUAUUACUGAGCCUUUUAUUCAUUUGUCUAGUUUGUUUUGAACUUGCUGCGUGUAACAUUAAGUGCAAUCCUAGACUUGUUUUAGCAAAUUGGCAGUUUUUUUUUCUUUCAAAGGUGUGGAUUUUUUUUUUUCUGACAUAUUUUUUUAGUGCCCCCCUACCUAAUCAAUAAAACGAAGCAGCAUUUAAAUCCUAAAGAAAAUGAAAUUUCCAAUAGGUGUUGUUCAUACCUAAAAUUAAUUUUGUACCUUAGAGAUCAUUUAAAGACAGUAUUUUUUUUCAGUGUAACAUUCUCCAUCCUGCUUAAUCAAAUUCACAGAUCCAGUGUCCUGCAUCCAAGACCCUCCUCACUGUCAUGGUCUUUAUUCUGUUUGCACAUUCAACAACGGCAACAGUAAUGUAUUUCUUAUACAGUAUAGCCCAAAAUCACACAAGGAAUGCCUCGAUUGUCUUUAACAUGUCCUGUUUUUUGACACCCCCUCCGCAUAGCCUUGAGAAGACAAGAGAAAACUCCUUCAAAUAAAACACUUGUAGGGAAUAAAAUGGAAGUACCCUAGAGAAAAGCAAUUCAGAGAGACACUCCCUUCCAGGUAGGUUGGGCGUGCAGUGGAUGUCAUAAAAUGGGGUAAAUACUGUACAACACAUAAAACAGGACACAAGUGUUCUAAAUGUUAUUGUGUAGGUUUCCUCCCAUGUCCUAAAAGACAAGUUUAGCAAGCUAACUGCCAAUUCUAAAUUUGUAUAUCACGGGUGUAGGUGUGAAUGUGAAGUGUGUGUAUACUGUAUACAUGUGCUUAAGUGGACCCUGUGAUGAACUGCUGCUACUGUGUUGAACCCCAUCAGAGUUCCUAUAUAGAAAUUAAACUAAACCAUGGAGCAGUGCCCUUCAUGAUAUGUUGGUUCAUCUCACCAUCCAUCUAAUCUCAGCAACUUGGGCAAAAAAAUGACCUGACAGCAUUUGAGGGAAAAACUGUAAACGUGCACAAAGAGAAUACCAAACACUUCACAUCCAGUAGGUACUCGGCCCAAAAUAAUGACGGUACAAUAAGCAAAAGGAAGCUGAGGGUAAUAAGUUGUGGGAAUCUGACACCAUCAUUAAGGGAAAAUCACAUUUAAAUAGAACCAGACAAUAAUGUAAAGAUGUUUCAGCAUAUUGUACACUUGGUCAUGUUGCAUUUAUCCUGUUUAAUUCUUUGUACUCUGUUAAUAUGAUUACAACAUAACAUGAUUAUUGAGGUUCUAACAUUUUUCUGUGUAAACCUUAAAUAUUAAAUUAAUCCACAAAUAUUUUUAUCACC